CGCGACGCGACGCGACCGCGAUGGCGGGCGCGCGACGAAGCGCGCGCGGCGCGGCGAGCGACGCGCCCGCGGCGAGCGCCGACGCGAGCGACGCGCGGAAGAAACGCGCGAAGGCGAAAGACGCGACGAAAUCGUCGAACGCGAAGACGGACGCGCGAUCGAACGGAAAGGCGAAGGCGCGCGCGGUGUCCGCGCCCGCGGUCGCGGAUGGGACUCGGUUGAAGCGGGAGACGGCGUUCCUGUGUCACGCGCAGUUUAAGAACGAUCUGCCGGCGGUGCCGAUCGAUUGGAAGAUGUUGCAGACGAGGGUGGAUCGACGGGCGCUGACGGAGUACUCGCACUUGUCGCUGUACGACGGGUUGCGGAAGCGAGGGGACUUUAGCGAGGAUUUAGGGAUACCUUUGGAUCCUGCGCUGAUGCGGGCGUAUCGGGUGCCGACGCGGCGGGUGGCGAUGGAUCCGGAGGAUCACGAAUUGACGAUGAGCUCGGCGGAGCGCGAGGGGAAGCGCAACGGGGCGAUCGGGACGAGCGGACGCGCGGUGAGCAGACCGGACGCCUCCGACGCGCUUUGGUUGAUGAACACGCAGUACAUCUCCGCGGGGAGCAUCAAGGCGCGCACGGGGUUGAGCGAGAAGGAGAUGAAACGCCGAAGACUCGAGGCGCAGGGGGGCGCCGCGGAGCCAGAGGUCGAGCUCUCGCAAGUCGAACAAAUCGAAGCCUCGUUCGCGGCGGCGAAGCGACCUCCGGUGCAUCCGACGAACAAGAAGGCCAAAGUGGUGGAGGUUCUUCCCGUGCUGCCCGAUUUCGAGCGCAUCGCGAUGGACUACGUGCGCUUGAACUUUGACGAGAAGCAGGAAACCGACGUCGCGUCGCUCUCGGGCAAAUCCGCGGAGACGAUUGAAAACGCGUUGAACUGCGGGGUGGUAAAACCGUUCAGCAUCGUGAACGAGCGCAAUCAAACCGAACGAUUCUUAUCGCUCAUGCUUCCGCAAGACCCCGAUGCGGCGAUGGAGGAGGACUUUCUCGCCUUGGACGGCGAGCCGCGCCAAUACGACCACGUUCGCGACUACGUGUACAAGAUUCACCAAGACGAUCCGAAUCUCGGAGGCGGGAACAUGUGCUUCUUCUUUAAGAAGGACCGCGUCACGUACGUCGACUUACACACCAAACUCACGCUGUCGAAGCGAAGCAAGCACUCGAAGGGUAAAGAGGCGACGGAUUCUUGGAAACCGAGCGAGGUGACACUGCAACGGCGACGCAUGACGGAGGAAGAAAAGAGCGCGCUGGACGCGAAGCGCGAGAGCAUCAGAGCGGGGGCGUGAUCAUCUAUCAUCUUUUAGCAUUG